AUGCCUUUUGGGCAUGUCAGACGUGUGCUGCCGCUAGAGUGUUUUUGGGAGAACUUCGAGCUUGAGAAGAUUCUUUGCGAAGGUCAUCGAGCGACGGUUUGGCGAUGUCGCGAUCGGGUUACCCGGCGCACGUACGCGUGCAAGCAUUACGACCUCUCGUCUAUGCACGGCGACAGCAAGCACAUGAAACGGGCUACUAACGACCUAAAGGUGCUGCUGUCCCUGCGGGGCGUGGCUAGCAACGUGGUUCAGAUAGAGGAAGCAUACGGCGACAACAAGUCCCUCUUCAUCGUCAUGGAGCUCUGUGCCGCGGGCGACCUCGCGUCGCAUAUACACCGCAAGGGGCCGAUGUUGGAAGACGCCGCACGGGAAGUGUUCCUCUCCGUCGUCCUGGCCGUGAAGCAGUGCCACGAGCACGGCGUGAUUCACGGCAGCGUCGCCCCCAACCACGUGUUGCUGAGGAAAUCCCCCUCCGCUAUACUUCACCGCAGUAGCUGCUCCGUGCCGUCGUCUCCCACGUCGCCCUUCAUCGCACCCCCAGGUGUGCCUAUCGGGCCGCUGCUCAGCCGACGCCUGGCCAAGGCGUCCACGUGCGUGACUACGCCAAGCCCGGGGAUGCCGUGCCUCGCCUCCGCCAGUGACAAUGGCUCCACCUGCACUCGGACAAGCUUGAAUUCCCGCAGGGAUAGUCCGAGCAACUCCAGCGGCAGUUUGCGUGGGGCCAGCAGAGCUGAGAGCGACAGUAGCAGCUGCAAAGGUGGAAGAAGUAGCAGCAGGUGCUGGAGCUCUCCUGUCGCCAAGCUGUCGGGUCUUGGCGCUGCCACACAGCACGAAACAGCGCGCGCCGUGGCUGCUGCACUAUUGGCGCACGGCGGGGCACGGCAUCACGACGUGUGGGGCCUGGGGCUGGUGCUGCGCGCCAUGCUCUCGGGCCACGUGUCGAGGUGGCCGGAGCAGGAGUCGAGGCGCGGUGGGUUGGGGCUGGAUGGGGUGUCAGAGCAGGCGAGGGAGUUGAUCCAACGCUUGAUGGACGAUGACGUGACAAAACGGCCAACGCUGGAUGACAUCUUACACGAUCCGUGGUUGUCGUGCAAGUCGGCUCGUUACAGCCCAGAGGAGCACUUUCCGCUUGCGCCUCAAUCGCCAGGUCUAAGCACUUGGUGCAAAAUGGGGUCGCGCGAGGUGGAUUCGCGAGUCUCUGCCGUCAACCUGCCGCCUACACGGCCCGUAGGCGGCGCGCGUGCAUCACCCAGCUCUGCUGCGGGCCUGCCUGCCGGCAACGACGGCAGUAGUGGUGACGGCAACAAGCGCUAUGCUGGCGAUGCCAGAAGCAACGUGCCUCUUGCUACGGCCGCCAUACCCCGCUCCCUGCGGCCUAUCCGCGUCCCAUCCUCCUCAACCGCCGCCCUCCCCCCGGUUCCCCCAUCCUCCCUGACCCGCACCGCGAUGGCAGCAGGAGAAUCCGCCGAAAAGACCGCCUCUAAUGGCGGAGGCGCCGAUCUCGAUCGCCGCGCCGGUGGAUUCAAAAUCGACGGUCAAAACGACGGCUCGCAUAUCCGCGCAGGCGACGCGGCGAAUCUGAGUUUUGGGCGAUGGUGCCUCGGGGACGCAGUGGAGGCAGGGAGUAGGCGCAGUGGGUGCGGCAGCACGGAGAGCAGCAGUGUGCACGCGGGCCACUGGCGAGGUGACGACGGCGCCAGCGCUACUGCGACGGCACAUGGCGCCCACGGCGACGGCUCUCACGCCACGCACGACGCCCAAGGCGCCGUUCCAUGUGGGGCGCGUGGCAGUGGGGCCGGGGGGGCGAGAGGCGCUGGUGGCGCGAACACUGAUGCUGCGGGCGGCACGAGGGAGGACGGCACGCGUGGAGACGCGAGCGAGCAUGCGGGCGCGGGAGGGCGUGGCGGAAUGGGCGCAGGGCCUUUCGCGGACAGCACGGUGGACGUGGGUAGCGGCGAGCGCCGUGGUGGUGGCAGGGGCGCGUGGCAGUUUGUGGAAGGGGUGACAGGCGACGGCGUGUGGCCCGUGGAGCACGAUGCACUGUGGGCCGCACAAGGGGGGUGCGCGCACGGGGGGAGCGCGCGGGGGAGUGCGGAGGAGAGAGAGGGCGAGAGAGUGAGUGAGAAGUCGAGCGGGAAUGUGUGGUGGGUGGAAAAAGAGAUGUGCGGAGGAGGUGGUUGGGGAGGCGAGGUGGAGAGGCGCGCGUGGGUGAAUGUGGGGUUCCGUGCCGAUGCAAGUGCGGAGGAGCACGAGUACUCGCUGCUGUGCCACUCGCCCCGAUACGCCGCGUAUCGACACAGAAGGUCGUCGGCCCAGCAGGUGCAGGCGAGUGCGUCGGCGGUGCUGCACGAGGCGCAGGUGAGGCGCUUCCGCUCCACGCUGCGCUUCCUGGGCCUCGACACCUCCUCGCACCGCUGGGCCCUGCUCACGUGGGGCACUGGCGUGGCGCUGCUGGUGGUGGUGCCGUGCUGCCUGUACGCGUACGUGCAGCCUGCCGACGACCUCCCCCAACACCAGCUGCCCUUCCAGCUGCUCGUGCUGCUGCUGCACAACUCGCUGGGCGCCGUGGCGUUUCUGUUCCUGCGGGCGGCGCUGCGCACGCACGGGCUGCACGCGGUACUCUUCCUGGACUCAGCGGCGCAGGAGGACGAGGCGCUGCAGGCGCAGUACCUGCACGCACUGCAGGCGCUGCUCUUCGCCUGCAUCCCCCUGCGCACCGACCCACACCUGCUGCCGGCGCGCUACCACGUGGUGCAGCUGGCGCUGCUGUUCGUGCUGGGCUCGCUCUCCUGGCUCUUCGCCGCCUCCACCUUCCUCUUCACCUGCGUGCUCUUCUCCAAGGCCUGCUCCCUGCAGGAGCUGAAGAUGCAGGGGUACAGGGAGGUGGUGCAGCGGUGCUUGGACCCCGCCUUGUGCUUCUUCGAGUACACGCGCAUCUCUGCGGGGCUGGCGGGCAUCAGCCGGCGCUUCCGCCUCUUCCUGCUGCUGACCUUCUCCAUCACGCUGCUGGGCGCGCUGGCGUCCAUGUUCCACAUGGUGCUCUACCGCGACGGGCCCACGCCGCUCUCCUUCCUCAACUCCGGCCACCUCGUUGUGGCGAACGUGGUGGCGCUGGUGGGCACGGGCAUGUGUCUGCGCUGUGCAUCCAAGCUCGCCCACCUGCACCGCCGCAUCGUGCGAGUCGCCUCCGCCAUGCACGCGCAGCACACCUUCGACUCCGCGCCUCUCCUCCCCCCCACCCCAUCCCUCUCCUUCCCUUCUGCAUUUCCACCGCCAUUCGCUCGCGCGCCUCCUGCUUUCCUGCAGCGUACAGCCCCUUCUCUCUCGGCCGUCGCUCCCAUAUCAAUCCCCCCUCGCCACAGCUCUCCACCCUCCAGCGUGCCGUGCUCCCAACCUUCCUUGCCUGCCUCCCACCCCUCGUUCAACCUCACGACCGCUCCUUGUGCUGACCAGGUGGACCAAGUAUACUCUGGGUCUCCCGUACAGCGCCCGCACAGCAACUCACUUGCCCACAGCAGCACCAGCAGCAACAACAGCAACAGUGACACAAUUUCCGGUCGCAGGAUCACAACUGACAGCUGCAGCAGCACUGCACAUACGUGCCCCUCCACUACUCGCCAACAUGGCUUGCAUCCUUCUUCAUCCAAGGGGCUCACUGAACCCCUGUUACGUGCACCACGUGUGCACCACGCAGCAACAGCACCAUGGCCUGCCCAGGACCCUGCAGUGGUCGCAAGUCAUGGCGCAGCAGCAGCAGGAGAGGGGCGUGUACAUGGGAUGGAGGGGGGGCAAUUGGGAGGGAAGGAUGGAGAGAUGGCGCUGACACUGGAGCUGCUGCAGAGACAGGAGGCAUGGGCACAGCGCGCUGCUCUUGUCAACUUCCUGUCCAGCUCGGCAGUGGGAAUAUCCGUGUACGGGUUUGUACUUGAUAGAGUCUUCAUCCACACUAGCGUAGGAGCAUUGCUCACUACCACGUGGUUCAUCCUUGGGCAAUCUCUCAGUGCCUCCUUCAAGCCACGUUGA